UGCGGCGGGCACGUUGUUUUUACAGAUUCACAAGGUUACAACAUUCAGUUUGUACUUGUUCAUCGCCACAUUCGACAAUUUUUAGUCAUCUCUUAUGAUCAAUCGGACAUUACUUCGUGUGCUCUGCAAUUUCCCUAAUCGUCGUAUCGACGGCGCUAAGUUCAAACCUGUGAAUCGGUGUUUUAGCGUCAACAGCAUCAUGGCUCAGAGCAAAUUCGAGUACGUGAGGAAGUUCGAGGAGGAAGACCGGUUAUUGCCCAAUUGCUGGAUCGUCGUGCGAGUCGAUGGUAAAAAUUUUUCCAAAUUUUCCGACUCACACAAAUUCACGAAGCCGAAUGACAAGAGAGCUCUAAAUCUCAUGAAUCACGCUGCCAUAAUUGUCAUGAGGGAGUACAAGGAUAUUGUCAUGGCUUAUGGGCAAAGCGACGAGUACUCCUUCGUUUUUAGGAAGAGCUCCGAGCUUUACAAUCGCAGAGCUUCAAAGAUUAUGACGUGCGUUGGCUCGCUCUUCACAUCUGCGUACACGUUCUUCUGGACCAAAUACUUCGACGACUCCAAUAAGUUGAAGUAUCCACCGUCUUUCGACGCGAGGACAGUACUUUAUCCCACGGAUACAAAUCUUCGAGAUUAUCUCUCUUGGAGGCAGGCUGAUGUCCACAUAAACAAUCUAUACAACACAUGCUUUUGGAAGCUUGUUCAAAAAAAGAAAAUGACUGGACAAGAGGCUGAAGAGAGAUUGAGGGGUACUGUGUCUGCAGACAAAAAUGAAAUACUAUUUUCAGAGUUUGGAAUCAACUAUAAUAAUGAGCCACAAAUGUUUAGAAAAGGCACAACAAUACUACGUAAACGAUUAAUAAAAAGUGACGAAAAAGACAAAGUGAGUUAUACAAAACCAGAACCAGUAGCUAUAGUAGAGGAUAUUAUAAGUGAUGCAUUUUGGAUAACUCAUGAUGAAAUACUUUCUGAAGGAAAGCCAAACAUUUUAGCAAUUAAAAAAGAAACAAUAGAUGGUGCUCCUAUUUUUGAAUGUGAGAAUAAAUAUAAACCUCAUUCACCAACAAAUUCGACAGAUGAGAUCAUGGCAUCUAAAGUAAAAACGAUAGAAUAGACAAAUAAAUAGCCAGUAAUUAUUUUGUGGAAAAUAAGUACAUUGUAAUAUAAUGACAACAUGGAUGCUAAUGUAUUUUUUUGACCAAGUAUCAAAUGCUUGAUUACGUUUUAUAUGCAUAGAUAUUACUGAAUCAAAGUCAGUUACAUUUCUUCAAUUUACUUGUUUUCAAGUAAUUUGAUUGUAUUAUAAUAAUUAGAACAAUACAUUUAAAGAAUAUAAAUAGUAACAUAUGAAAUUGUU